AUGAGUAGUCCCAGAUUUCCAGCAGAGUUGACAGAUCUCAUUAAAACAUCAAAAUAUGUCCAUGUUGCGACGUGCUCCAAUGCUGCUAUUCCUUCUAUAGCGUUAAUGAACUAUAUAUAUGUUCCUAAAAAGGACUCCUUUAGACCGAAUGUGGAUAAGAGAGACUACAUUAUCUUUGCCACAUCUGAAGAUAGUGAAAAAUAUGAUAAUAUUUUGGCAAAUCCAACUAUUGCUCUUUUAUUUCAUGAUUGGAUAACUGCAAACAAUUUAUCAAUAAGGAAAACAGACAUAUCUACUGAUUCAGACACUCAUGUGGAAAGACUAAAUAAUUUAUUAGAGGAGUUAAAUCAGGACGAAUUGAAUCAAAUCAGUGCCACCAUUAGAGGAAAAGCUCAUAUAUUAAAUUCAGAAUCAAAAGAAUCGACUUAUUAUAGACAUUUAUUGUUAAAAUCAAAUCCUGACGCGGAUAUAUUUAUCUUAGGAGAGAAUACUGCCACAAUAAAAGUGGAAAUACUGAGUGCCAAGGUUACAGACUCAGAAAACAACAAGAAAUCAUAUUUAUGA